AUGGAAUCUUCUUAAACCUUUUGACAUUCGUGGCUAGCUUCCAACGUCAUCUGAUUGAUAAUCACACAGUUUUACCCGCAUGUCUUAAGCCUUGGAAUUGACCAGCACAAGCUUGAAAUCCCCACCAGAUUUAUCUGUUUUUUAUAUACUACCUCGGAUCGUUACUUGAUUCUCAAACCCAGAAGAUGGCCUCAAACCCAGAUCAAAUCUUCUACUACACCUGCCUCGUCACUUUCUACCUCAUCGCGCCACCAACCUGGGUCGGCUGUCAGUCCACACAAGCCGCAUACGGCAAGCACGCCCGUCCUGGGUGGGGUCCUACCAUUCCACCAGGUCUGGCAUGGCUCCUCAUGGAAAGCCCAACCGUGUGGCUCACCCUCUUGUUAUUCCCUUUUGGUCGACACUACACCAACCCAAAAGCCCUCCUUUUGAUCUCCCCUUACCUCUUCCACUACGUCCACCGCACCAUCAUCUAUCCUCUCCGCCUCGCUUGGAGCACCGACAAAGGUACUGGCUUUCCAGUGAGUGUAGCUUCGAUGGGUUUUGGGUUCAAUCUCUUAAAUGCUUAUGUCCAAGCCAGAUGGGUGUCUCACUACAAGGAUGAUUACGAGAGUGAUGAGUGGUUUUGGUGGAAAUUCGGUGGCGGUUUGGUGAUUUUCGGGUUAGGUAUGUGGGCGAAUAUGUGGGCGGAUAGGGUUUUGGUGGGGUUGAAGAAGCAAGGGGGUGGGGGUGGGUAUGGGGUGCCAAGAGGAGGGUUGUUCGAGCUGGUGAGCUGCGCUAACUAUUUUGGGGAAAUCGUGGAGUGGUUGGGCUUCACCGUGAUGACUUGGUCCUGGGCGGCUCUGGCGUUCUUUGUAUACACGUGUUCCAACCUGAUCCCCCGUGCCCGGGGUAGCCAUCAAUGGUAUUUGGAUAAGUUCAAGGAGGAUUAUCCAAAGGGGAGGAAAGCUGUGAUUCCAUUUCUUUAUUGAAGCUUUCUCCAUCUCCAUCCUUGAUCUCGUGUCUCGGUUAUGCUAGCGGAUGUGCUGAAAACUAUUGGUCUUGGUUUUCCUCGUGACUUUGUUCAAGUUGGCUAUAUUUUGCAACGUCAUUUGUAAAAUAAGAGUUAUUGGAAGAA